AUGGGAAGAAAGCUCGAUGCUUUGCUCGGAAGGACUUUCAAGACCUCCAAGCUCAAACCACUUUUGAAUCUUGCUCUGUCUCGCCUUGCUGUCCUCAAGAACCUGCGCCAGGUCAAGUUCUCCCAAGCCCGCUCUGAUGUUCUUCAGCUCCUCCAAUUUGGUCAUCAUGAACGAGCUCUUCUUCGGGUGGAGCAGGUGAUUAAGGAGCAGAAUAUGUUGGAUGUGCUUGUCAUGAUAGAGCGUUACUGCAACCUCGUGAUUGAAAGGGUUCACCUCAUUGAACAAGAAAGAGUAUGUCCUGAUGAACUGAGGGAGGCAACGUCGAGUUUGCUUUAUGCGGCUUCAAGAUGUGGGGAUUUCCCAGAGCUUCAAGAGAUUCGUACGGUUCUCACCUCUCGUUUUGGCAAGGAAUUUGCCGCUCGUGCCAUUGAAGUGCGCAACAAUUGUGGAGUCAACCUUACGAUGAUGCAAAAACUGUCAACUAGGAUGCCAGUUUUGGAGAUCAGAGUGAAGGUGCUCAAAGAAAUUGCUGCAGAGAACAGCAUUGUUCUGCAGCUGGAGGAAACUACUUCUGUUUCCACUGAGGAGAAGUUGGAUGUGAACAAGAAUCAAAACCAGGCUGCACCAAACCCACCGGCCAGUUCAAGUGGCACGGCAUCAGCGGAUAAUUUGCAGGCUCUCUCUCAAGAGACAGAAAAAGAUGAUAGGUUCUCUGGUUCACUUAAGAACAGGAAAUACAAGGAUGUAGCUGAUGCUGCUCAAGCAGCUUUCGAGUCUGCAGCUUAUGCGGCAGCAGCUGCAAGAGCAGCAGUGGAACUGUCUAGGUCUGAAUCUCAUGAUCCUGAUGAUCAAACUAGUCCCGGUAGUAAACGAGGAAGGUUAUCUGACAGAUAUGAGUCCUUUAAAAGUGAAUCUGAAUCACAAAAUGAGCAAAAUCGAGGUGAAGAAUUGAAGAGGUCAACAUCUUCUUCAAGUUUAGAUUCAGAUGGAGAUGCCAUGGUCCAUGCCAGUCUUUCAGGGAAGGAUAUAGCGUUUGAUGAGAGUGAGAGUGACAAUGAACGAAGUGCCAUGCCCCCAUCUCAUAAGCAAAUUCCUUCAAGGUUUCAAUCUGGGCUGAAGGUUGAGUCAGCACAUGCUGCUGGAGGGUCUGGAAGGCAAAGCCCACCAAGAUUGAACAUAGAGAAGGCACCAUUCUCUCUGAGGACAAGAGGGUGUUCGAAAAAAGGGCCUAGGCGCCAGGCGGGAGGACACCGCCGCUCUUUCACCCUAAUCGUUAGGGGUAGGCACCAGGAGUUACUUUUCUUUGUAGCUGCUGCUGGGCUCAUCUUAUUUCAAAGGUGCGCAAGAGGAGAUAUGGAGGCAGAGAAAGAGGAGAGACACGAGGGAGGUAGAGAGAUAGGAGGUGAUGGAGGCGGAGAGAUGAGAGAUAAGUGA